AUGCUAAUCUUCUCUAGACCUACGACCUUCUACGACUACGAUCCUCUACGACUACGAUCCUCUACGACUACGACCUUCUACGACUACGACCCUCUACGACGACGACCCUCUCCAGGGCUAGAACGACAAUAUAGCAAAACUGAUAGCUUCUCGGCCAUGCUAAUCUUCUCUAGACCUUCGACUCUCUACAACAGCAACCCUCUACGACGGCAAUCUAGCAAAACUGGUAACUUCUCGGUCAUACUAAUCUUCUCUAGUAUACUUUCAUUUGACCAAAUGCCCCAUACUCCCCUCCCCUUCCAUUGA